UUGCAGAACUAAUGGGUAAGAAGACAACAGAAGGUGAGAUUGGUAAUAUUCAACAAACGAUGGAUCAGCAACCCGCAACGGUACAAUUUCUCGAUUCCACCAAACAUAUCUUUUAUGUAUCGAAAAAAGCUGAUGGAGGUGAGCUGUUUGAUAAAGUGUGUGCGUUUCUUGGUCUCGCUGAAAAAGAUUACUUCGGAUUAUCUUUUGCCGAUGAUGAUGGCAACCAACAAUGGAUCUAUGAUGAUAAGCGAAUUUCAAAGCAGUUAAAAGGUCGUCCAUGGAACUUCAAUUUUAAAGUGAAAUUUUAUCCACCGGAACCAGCAACAUUGGCGGAGGACAGGACACGUCAUCUUUUAACCUUGCAAAUUCGGCAUGAUAUUUCUACUGGCAAGCUUCCAGCUACUCUUGCUACACACGCUUUAUUGGGUUCAUACGUCGCUCAAUCUGUACGAGGGGAUUACGAGCCUUCAUUGCAAUAUAUUGAUUUCCUCAGAAGUUGCCAUUUGGCUCCUUUACCAAAUGAAACACUGUAUGAAAAAGUUGAAGAACUGCAUAAACAGCACAAAGGCGAAACGUCGGCUGAAGCGGAUUUACAUUAUCUGGAAAAUGCCAAAAAGUUGAGUAUGUAUGGUGUUCAACUUUUCCAUGCAAAGGAUGGAAAAGGUACGCCUGUACAGAUUGGCAUCAGUGCCCAUGGAAUAAAUGUAUAUCUUGAUCAGAUCCGUGUACAUCGUUUUCUUUGGCAGAACAUCAUCAAAAUUGGUUAUCGACGCAAUAUCUUCAUAAUCAAAGUUAAACCUGGUGAACUCGAAAAAAAUGAAGCAACGUCUGCUUUCAAAUUACCCGAUUACGAAGCAGCAAAACGAGUUUGGCAAUGCGGUGUUGAACAUCACACGUUCUUCAGAUUGAUCCAGCCAGAAGAAAAACCACAUAAGGGCUUAUUCCGUUGGGGUUCGGCUAGAUUCCGUUACCAGGGGCGCACUCAAUUCCAGUCAAAAAUGGCUUCACAAAUGUUCUGCAAUAGUCAGCCAAUUCAACGUUCUCAGAGUGUUCGUAUAACUCAAAAUGAUGAAAACGUUGCAGUUCCGGUUGCAGUAAGUCGAACUUUGCCGGUGAUGUAUUCCGAGAAUGAAACCGGUAGGAAAUUAAAAUGGGACAGCAGUCAGAUGAUUUCGCCCGAAAAGAUAUCUUCAACACAUACCAUAGAAGCUGCGCAGAACAGAGAAAAUAACACAAUGCCAAACGGUGCAGAGGUGGGUAACACCAAUAAUACUUCAGGAAAACUGCUUGAUAGUGUUCAUUCUUCUGCUAUUUUUACUACUGUUGCGACUACUACUAAUGAUAAUACCGCUGCCAUUACCACAACUAUUGCUACUACUACUACUACUACUAUUACUACUGUUACUACUACUGGCACUACUGUUACUGGUCAGUAUUUCGAGCAGUCUUUUUCGUCUGAUGUUUCUCCAUAUCCCAUAAAAAUUACUCGAGGUGCUAGUCCUUCCACGCAAGAAAUUUCUUAUGACGAUUUUCAUCAUCAGCCAAGCUACGUAUCGGAUAAUUUAUGCGAGAGAAAACCAGAUAUAUCUGCUUUGCGAAGAGAAAAGGAUACGGGAUUUUUACCAGUUGAAGAUAAGGCAGUUGUGUAUCAUCCUGGACAUUAUGAGGAAGAAUUGACUGAAAGUCGAAGUAAACGACUUCGUGAGCCACCACUUGAGUUAGAUGAUGAUUUUGUGCUAGUCCAUAGACCAAAAUUGGGAUCAGUGGGAAAAAUAUUUCAUCGAAAUGGUGCAGAAACUAACAUUCUUGUAAAAGAAGAAGACAUUGAAGCUUAUCCAAUACAUCGCUUUGCUGAUAUCUAUCAUUCUGGUUUCUCGCGUUUCAUUGGCGGAAACAAAGAUUUCGAAGUAUCUGAACGUGAGAAAUAUUUGAAAACUGAUGGUGUUGUGAAUAAACUAAAGGUGGAUAAGGAAAAAUAUCCGGCAACUGAAAAAAUCAGGGGGCCUAUUUUGCAUAUUGAACGUAGUAGGGAGCUACCGACAGAACCACUAAGUGCUCAUGCUUACGUCUAUAAUCAAGGAUUUUACGAUACUAUAGAUCCAAAUCGAACAGACAUCGAUGAAAAAGGCAACAUACGAAAUUGGCUUAGCUGUUAUAAAAAGCCCGAAAAAUCUCAGGCAAAAUUAUUGAAGGAAAAAAAUGCAAAAGUUAAGGAGAAGACAGAGAAAAAUGCGAAGAAAUUAAUUAUCGGUGAUCCUACGGUUGAUAAGUCCGGAUCUAUGAGUGAACAAGAAGAUAAAACAAAGAAAACUGCGUUUAUUCAUGUCAAACAACCAGGUUAUGAAAGACAAACCGUGCAAGCAAGUUAUUGCAAUGCGGAAUCAUCUGAAAAAGGACUUCAACAGAUGGAAUACUUGAAGAGAAGUGAGCCUAUGACAGUUGGGAUUGAAACCGAUAAAAGUGAUGUCAAGGAGAAAGUAUAUGACUCUGCGGAACCGAAGCAAACUUGUCGUCUUUUCGUAAGCGCCUCGGAUAGUUAUCGCGUUAGACCUGGAGCUUAUGGGAUGCCAUCAACCUCUUAUGAUGAAGUGUUACAUAACAUUAGACGUGAAGAAGAGCUUCCAUUUUCACCAAUCCAUGAAAAUGCUACGGUUUAUCAUAGCGGUAUAUCGACUCUUAAAGAUAAGAAAUCCCGAAAGUUUUUGAUUCAGAAAGAGCGACAAAAAACUACAUCGAGUGAAGCAUCAACUGAUGAAGAGGUGCAAACUGAUAAAAGAAAAAAGUGGACAGCAGUUCUUGAUAUAUCUGAAGUUGAUAAAAGUGAAUUAACCAAUGCUGAUGAUGUUGAAAAAAGACCAAUCAACGAGGAAGUUAAAAGAAAACAUCUCAUGCAUGAAAUGGAAGAAAAGGAAUAUCUGGAUCAGAUGAAAGUCGGCGUCACACCGGAUUCUGAAAUGCAGAAAUUCGUGCAAAAAAUUAAAGUUAAGAAAGGUACGAAAUUGGCUGACAUGCCGAAUGUUGAAAAUGAAAGCAGCCAUCAAAAAAUGAAAGCUGUACUGCAUCUUAGAGAGGGUCAAAUUAAACCAAGUAAUUUGAAAAAAGAAACUAUUCUCAAAGACACUCAAGAAUCAAAAGAUGUUGAGCAUACGAUUCGACCGACAUACAGUAUAUUAGCUUCUGGUAAAUCAGUAGAAAUUCCUAAAAAAACUGAACUAUUUGAACAAUCACAUAGUGAAUGUAUUCUGGACAAUACACCUCCUCCAGUGAAGUUAUCUCGAGUUAAUGAAUUUUCAUUUCAGCCUCUGCAUCUUGCAGUGGAAGUACAAAAUCAAAUACAAAAUCUACCACCUAAUUAUAGGACGUUUAAGAGAGCAAAACAUAGAGGUACUGUGGAAUUUGUCGCGAAAGAAAAUAUUAAGCCUGAAAGUUAUAAACGAGAAUGUACACCAUAUCAAGGUCCUUUGGAAUCCACAAAUUAUGUAAAGGGAUUACAGUUUGCGCCAAUUCAUGAGUAUUCCGCUGUGUAUCAUCCUGGCAGCACUUAUGUGAAAGCACGCAAAACAAACAAACGAAAGAAUGAAGAGAAAUCUAGUACUUUGAAAGCUAAAAAAAUUGCUGCGUUACAUCUGAAAGUAAAUGACUCUGAUGUGAAGCAUUAUGAGGAACAACAAAAUGAUAGCGAUGCUCUGUUGUCAAAAAAUGACGAUCAGGUAACCACAUGUGUAGCAAAGAUUGUUUGCAAAACUCCAGUAGAGGGAAAAAGAAAGGUCAGGAAGUAUCCUUUCAAAUAUCGUACAGUUUCCGGUGAUAUUGAAAUUGUGGGGAAGUCUUUCGUGAAACCCGAGACAUAUAAUCUUGUUACUGUUCCGUAUGAUGGGCCAAUGAGCUACUUAGAGUGUGAAAAGGAACUACCAUUCACACCCUUGCGGGAAUGCGCAACAGCAUAUCACAGUGGAAUUUCUUACAAGAAGGGAAAAAGAUUGCGUGAUAGUAGCACUGAAUCAAGUUUAAGUUCAAGUACAAGUUUCAGCAGCAGUUCAACGUCAAUCGCUUGUUAUCCAGAAAAGCUUAAAGGAUCGGAAAAAAUGAACGUUACUUCUAAUAAGGAGCAUGGCGAAAGUGGUAUUACAGCUGAAUCAUCAAAGCACAAAGGAAUUUUUUCAUUUUGGCGUAAGUCGAUGCGCAGUGAAAAAGAAGACUUUUCAGACGAUAAGAAAGUGAAACUGGUGGCCUCGUCGAAACCUCAUCUUAUUCGGCAACAAGAACCGGAGGUUUCCAUUGAUUUUACUGCAAGUCAGGCAGCAUCAUCGCCUUCGCAGAUGGUUUCAACAAUGUUAGUGAAGGAUUCUGUGAAAGAACCGGAGAGUAAUUUUCACAUAAAAAAUGAAAAUAAAAAAAUGAAUGCAAAUCUCUAUCUCAAGAAGGAGUCUUUUACAACUUCAGAGUAUGGAGAAGAUAAUGGCAAACGUGGAAAGUUUGAUCCGUUCCAUUUUUGGCGACCAACAGACAAAGAAAGCAAGUUAAAUUCGAAGAAGUCUAACUCUGGCUUUACCGAUAUGAAUAUUUCUACUGAGGAGCCUGUGAAUCACACUAGUAAUUUCGAUUCAUGUCAUGAAGUGGCAGAUGUUCGAUUAACUACAAAAGACAAGAAGAAACCAAUUAUUAAUGCAACUGAUAAGGAUUUGUCAACCAAUGUUAAAACGAGUAAACUGGCUCUUUCUAUAGAUAUGGAGGAAGAGUCCUUAAAUCGUAGUUCUCUACCACCAUCAGAUCAAAGCAAAGCAAAUAUCGAGACGAAAAAGGACGCGUUCAUCUAUCUUAAACGUGAUUCUGAACUUCCCGAUGGCUUGCCAUUGAAUUUGAGUAGUCCUGGAAUUCCUAAGCAGAAAAUGAUAACAACGGUAGCUGGAGUUUCAUCUCAUACAUCAAAGACUAAUGAGAGUGGCAAAUUAAGAAACACAGAGGAAUCGAAAUUAAUGGACAAGAAAAAUAUUUUUUCACUGGAGACUGUCGAUGACUCAACUGAAAGUGGUCUGAAAAAAUAUGACAAGCGUGAUUAUGUUGGAUAUAUAGCAAAAGUUAAGGUUAAGCGCGAAAUGGGAAGUGCUGGUGAAGAUUUAAAGCAGGAUUCAGAUCUGAAAACAAAUGAAGCAAAUGUGUCAGGCGAUAUUAGUAAACGAUCCAACUUCGUAGUGAAAGGAUUUCAUCUUCGUGGUCCACCAUGUGAUUUAGAGUCAAAAGUUGCAACUCAUAGCAGUUCCAAAUAUGAGCCUGAAAAAGAUGCGCACAUAACUGAAGCUGUAGGAACUGGUGGAGUAACGAUUAGGGAGAUACAUGAAGCAAAUGGUGCUGACAAACCACGUAAAGAAGUUACUGGAUUGAAAAUGAAAAAGAAGUUGACUGGAGGUGAUGUUACCUUAAAGGAAAACAGGAAAGACAGUGACAAAAGUACCAGAGGUAGUUUUUUCUCUUCAUUGUGGCGUGGAAGCAAACCGAAAGAUAAAGAUCAAGAAGAGCAUCAAAAACAGCAGAAGUUGAUAGAGCGAGAUGCUUAUGGAAUUAAAUUAACACCGGUAGAAAUGACCUCACCAUCCAAUGAAUUAGAAUAUAACAUAAUGCGAACAAAAAUUAUGUUUGGUUCGGUUGAUUCUUCAUCAGAUGCUACUCAAAUUGGAGAGCGAAUAAGGCGAGAUUUUGUCCCAGUUUAUGAUUUCUCAUAUGUUCCCAGUUUCCCGGCCUUUGUUGAGAAUAUGGAAAUAUCUACCCCAGCAACUGCAGGUGACGCGACGGAGCGGAUCGGGCUGGCAACUACUCAAAACUUAGCUGCUGAAAAACCAGAUGAUGAAGUAAUUACUGAUGAAAUUGUUACUGAAACUGGAGAACGAAGAGGAGGUAAAUGGAGGCAGUUGUUUAGUCAUCGUUCGAAAGAAAUGAAAGAGUGUAAUGAUCUGCCUGCUUUAUCGGAAGAUCAAAAGGAGAGUUGGAGACAAGAACAAUCUGCGGUUGAUGUGAGAAAACAAACCUCGUUGGGGGAAACGUUUGUUUCGGAAUUGACCUGGGAAAAGUUAGGUACCCAGACGGAAGGACGCGAAAGUCAGUGUACGAAGCCGGAAACUUUCGAAACUGAAAAGUUAUUUCAUCGAAGUAGAAUAAGUGUUGGUGAAAUACCAGAUGAACCGUAUAUAUUUACUCAGACACCUCCAGAUAUUCCAGUCCUGACUCAUUCAACGGACCCCAAAGGACCAGAUGGUUUUGUGGAGCAAAUCAAGCGACAAGUAACGCAGGCAGUUACCAAAACAUCGCCAUCAUCAGAUAUUAAAAAGAAAUCGAAGAAAGGAAAGAAACAAUCGAAAACAAGUGCAUCGCCACGUGAAAGCGAAGGUUCCAAUGCAUCUGAAAUCGAAGUUGGAUCAUACUAUGAUCCCUUGUCUUCCAGUCUGUCAAAGAAAAAUGCAGACAAGUCUGAAAUGAUUGGUGAAUUACCUUCUGAUGAAGCAAAACUAGACGAUCGACGCAUGCUGCUCAAAGAACGCAGGGAAGAAAUGUAUGACCUGAAGGAUGUCGACUUUGUACCAGCCACCCAUCCGGCUGAUGUUAUUGGUUCGCUUCCUCAUACAAACGUUGAAUCAUGGCAGAAAACAGUAAAUGAACCUGAAACAGUAGUCAAUAGUGUUGAUCAUCAGGGAAAUAUUGUCAAAAAGACGAUUAAAACUCGGCAAGUGACAGGCACCGUGCAACAGCAAACGUAUCAACCAUCUGAUCUUUUGAGUCGGAAUGAUGAUUCUGAGAUGGGUGUGACUGAAGCAAUGAAGAAGUCAUUUACGCUUAGUGAUGAUGUGAAUGUGACGGACUCACAUGCACCGAUUAUUGAAACAGUUGACCAUAAAUUAACUUAUGAACCAACGAGUGGUGUGGACGAAGUCAAUGGAAAUGAUUAUUCAGAUAUUCCAGGAGAAUUGGUUUCCAGUCAUACUGUUACUCAAGGCAAUCGUACCAUCGAAACGAUAACUUAUAAGACUGAGAAAAAUGGUGCCAUUGAGACUCACGUUGAACAUCGCGUAACUAUUCAUUCUUGUGAUGAUAUUGACCAUGAUGCUGAACUGAGCCAAGCAAUUUUGGAAGCGACUAAUAUGAAUCCGGAUAUGACAGUUGAAAAAAUUGAAGUGAAACAUGAAUCACAGUGUUAGCAUAAAGCCUCUCAAUUCACCGUCUGCCGUCAACCCUGUUACCCCUUAAUUUUUUUUUUAUUUUUUUGUUAAGAUAAUUUUAUUAUUGUUUAUGCGAUUCUUCGAUACAAAAGGAAAGCUAGCCUUUUUUUUUUUUGUUACUUCAGAUGUAUUAAUAAAGAAGUCUGUUGCUUUGAAAUUAUUAUAAGGAGUUUUGGUCUAAUUCUCGGCCUUCUCUGUCAGAGCUUUGUAUCACUUCUCUUUUUUGCUUUUAUGUCGAAGCACUGCUAUCUAAUUUUUCAUUUCAAGGUACUGCUGCCCAAUAUAUUCGUGUAAAUUUCUUUUGAACACUUAUUUGUGUGCUUUCAGCUUCUCAAAUACGAUCUUAUCAAUCUCCCCGGUUUUCUAAAUGGAUUAAGAUGUAUUCAUCGGCUUGAAGAAUGCCUGUAAGAUAUGAAUAUAUACGCAAGUGAAUAUUUCUGACUUUCAUUUAAUGCAUUUCUUUGAUCAAUAAAGUUCCUAAAGCCACGAGUAAUUAUGGAAUGUAUCGAAUCUUGGCUGUUCCAAAUGUUAGUGAUAAUGAACUUUGGUAAAGGAAAUUCUCUUAAGAAGUGAAACUUCAUGAUUUUGAAUCUCAAAGUCUUAACCGCUUCCAGUAAGAUGUUAUCACUUUCACUAUAUGAAUUUCAGUCUAACGUUUAUUUUUGAUGGAUACUGUAACGAUCACAAUUAGCAGACUAUGUUACCAUCUUUUUUUCUCAUUUUAUCGGUUUCCGAGAAGACUUAAAGUUAACAAAAGGAAGCAAUUGAAUUUGUUUUAAAAAUCCUGUACCUUGUUUUGAAAACUUUGUACCUUCCCUAUGUACAUUCUCAUUCAUUUACAAACUUAUUUCGAUUUCAUAUUCUUAUUCAUUUGCAAACUUAUUUCGAGUUCAUUUCUUAUUUUUAUUAAUUUACAAAUUUAUUUCCAAUCUUCGACGCUAUUCCCCGUUCCUUGACUAUUUUUUCCGUUUCAGACUUAAAUUUUCUGCAAAAUUCAGAAAAACACUUUUUU